UUUUCGCUUGUUUGUCGUUAUUUUAUGUAGUUCUGAAGUUGGCCGCGGAAUGAAACACAGCUGAUCCGAAUCCGUCCUUAACUCUGUCUGCGAGAAACAAACAGCGACUUCGGGGACGGUUACGGUUUCUAACCUUUACUUACUGUUAGCAUGACGAAGGUGAGCCAGCAUCUCCUCAGAUUCUCUCCAGAGUUGACGGAGUACUUUAAGAUUGUUUGCACAAGAACAGUAAAGCAAUGUGCUCCACAAAUCAUCCAGCCAACUGGGUUACAUUUGAAGAUGAAGGGACAUCCUUCUCCUCACCCCAAAAAUCUCUACGCACUUCUACAUCAAACUCAGGUUCAGUACCUCGGCCCAAUGGGUUGAAACUUGUUCUGCCAUCCCUGGGCAGUGAAUCAUGGAGCUUCAGCUCCACCAUCGAAUCCCCUUCCAUGGAUUUCAGCUUCAAUGGGAGUUCAUGUGUGCCCAGUAACACUCCUCUGCAAACUCCAGUUGGUUUGACUCCGGCAGGUCUAUCUCCCUUGCAUUACGCUCCUCAGGACCAGCCGGACCUCUCUGGUGGUCUGUCCAGCCUCUCUCAGAGAGACUGCAUAAAACUGCCUGAAGGCUCUGUCUCUCUCAAUGCACCCUAUGAUGAGCCAGGCCAUUUCAACCCCUUCUGGGAAGAAACUGAGCAUAAACGAGUGUCCUGGACCUCAUCGUCUGACUCCGACUCUGGACCCAGUUUGCCCCGUUUCUUCAUCCGUUCCAAGGAUGGCAGUGAGCCACCCCAAGACCACCUUCAGUACUCCUACUCUUACAUAUGCCAUAAACUAGAACAGCUGAGAACAGAGGAGAACCAGCAGGAAGGUGAUGAUGGGAAAGUGGAAAAGGAUAAGCGACCUUCAGGCUCAGUUGCUGUGAAAGGUCAAGCGAGCAACAGAAAUCUUCCUACCUUCAUCCCACAGGGCUUGUUCCUCAGUCAGAGUAGACAUGGUUGGUCCUUGAUGCUUCGGAUCCCGGAGAAGAAGAACCGCAUGUCCUCACGCCAGUGGGGUCCCAUAUACCUUCAGCUGCUACCUGGAGCACUCCUGCAGCUCUUUUAUGAGAAGGGCUUGGAGAAACCCUUCAAAGAGUUCCAGCUGCAUGCCUACUGUACACUUUCGGGUCCGAAGCUCGAGAGCUACGGUGAGCCGCGUAAGAUCGCCACGCUAAAGGUCGAGCAUGUGUCGUACGUUGAGAGAAAGCGCUAUCACCCCAAGCAUGAGGUGACCCAUGAACCAGAAGUGGAGCAGCUCUUGAAGUUUGGCACCACUGAAUACGGAGACUUGGAGGACUUGCUGGUGUCCAUAGAAGAAGAGCUAUUGCGGUUACCAGUGCCUCACCAGCAGCACAAACACUACGAGGAACAGGAGCUGUCCUUGCAGAUAUCUGACCACAUCUGGGUGCGACAGAGCAGGGACGGAGUUGUUCUCGAGUGCAUGGCCAUUACACAAAUACACUGCCUCUCUUUCUUGAACGGGGCACCGGAGUGUUUCCUGGCUCUGAACGACCUGGGUCUUCUCAGACAAGCUCCAGUCUACGCCUCCGAUGAGGACGAGGAGGUCUGGAUGGAGAUCGCAGACUACCAUUUCCAUCGGUGUGUCAGAGAAGCAGAGUUUGUGGGCCAGCGGCUAAUUAAGUUCUGUCCUCCGGACGCCUGUCGUGUGGAGCUGGUGCGCUUCAGAACAGUGUCGCUCCACUGCGGGGAGCCGCCGCUCUCUGUUAAAGCCCUGGUCACAGUGCAGGGUGCCUGCAUUGAGCUCCAGGUCUUCCUCAAUGUCUCGUCCAGCUUCCCAUGGCCGACUGAGACAGCGUGUGAGAACGUUGUGCUUCAGGUGCCGUUCCCAGGCGACUGGGUCAAAGUGCCCAACAGCAUGUUGCUGCUGCGGCAGAAGUCUCUGAAAGCUCGUAUGAACAGAAACACGUGUCUGGGCUCAGCUCAUUUGGCCGAGACUCAGUCUGCAAUGCAUGUGUCUGUUGGCACGGUCAAAUAUGAGAAUGUGCAUCGAGCCAUUGUGUGGAGAAUCGAGCGGUUUCCUCCCAAGAAUGUGGCGCUGGAGCAGCCUCAGUCGUUGGCGUGUAAGCUGGAGCUGGCAUCAGAUCAGGAGAUUCCCGCUGACUGGUUCCCGUACGUCAGGCUUGAGUGUGAGGUGGCAAAUGCGGUGGUGUCCCAAACACGCGUAAAAUCAGUGGGGAUUGAAAGUGACGUUCAGCCUCAGAAACACCUGAGCAGCAGAGCAUACUACCACUGCCAGGUGGAGAUUGAGAAGAUGUUGAUUGAGGCAGAGGCGGUGAAGCAGUCGAGCUGCGCAACACAGUGAUGAAAGGCACGGAUCACUGCGUUUUAUGAAAUCACAGAUUUUUUUUUUUUUAUUGUAAUUAUUUUUCUACCAACAUUUCUCAUGUAGAAUUCACACUCCAGUAUGCUACACAUUUAGUGCCAUCAAGUAAACAAAUGUUUAUUAACCGUCAGAAUAAUGCAACUUUAAAUAUAAAUUAAGUAUUUUAAUGUUUAAUGGUCUUAUCCAACGAGUAUAUUAUUGCUGCACUUUACAAUUCAGACCCCAUUUUAGAUUUAUAUGAGACUGUAAAAUACUGCAUACAUACAAAUAAUAUACACCUAUCUGAUAAAUGUUUCCAAAACAUUUUACUCAUGACUGUCAAGUGUGCACUAGUAUAUUUUUGAGCAAGCAGAGGAGAAUUUAUCUGCCCACAAGACACUUGAUCUGAAUAUGUAUGUGACAGUUUUAGGGCUUUGCUGCAAGUACCAUUUAAGGGCCUGAUAAGUGUUUGAUUGAUAGAGAAGUUAUUAACUUGCACUUAAUCAUUUACCAUUAUUUAUGUGGUUGUAUGAAGUUAUAUUGUCCUAAGAAGAGUGUGCAUAAUAAAUAAAAGUCUGUAUGUUCUUCUCA